GUGACUCAUGAUUGUCAUUUGUAGCGUUACACUAGUCAGCGUCAAAAUAAAAAAAAAUCUGUCGAGUUUUAUUGAUACGAAUGUAUUAAGUACAAAAAUCGUUAACAAACAAUUAAUUUGAAGUGAUACUUCUUUUGUACUUAUAGAUAUAGAGCAAGAUCUAAAAUGGAUUUAAAUAAGUUACCAAAUGACAAGAAGUUACAGCUUUGUAGAAAUUAUUUCAAAGUCGGUUGCAUCCUCUUACCCUUUGUUUGGGCAGUAAAUGCAGUGUGGUUCUUCAAGGAAGCGUUUGUUAAACCACCUUUCGAAGAACAGAAGGAAAUAAAGAAAUAUGUUAUUUUGAGUUUUAUCGGUGCUAUUGUAUGGGUGAUCAUACUUGCUGGUUGGGUGACGGCGUUCCAGCUUAACAGAGUCGCCUGGGGUGCUGUUGGUGACAGCCUCUCAUUUAUUGUGCCUUUGGGAAGGGCAUAGACUUAAGCUAAUAAUAGAACAAUUUAUUAUCUAUACUAAUUAUAAAGCUGAAGAGUUUGUUAGAAUGCAAUUAUUUCAGGAACUACUGGUCCGAUUUGAAAAACUCUUUCAGUGUUAGAUAGCCUAUUUAUUGAGGAAGGCUAUAGGCUAUAUAUGUACCACGGGUGAAGCAGGGCGGACCGCCAGCUAAGAUUAUAAUUUAUACCAAUAAUAUAAUUGAUAACAGUUUGUUUAAACAUGCUAAUCUUUGGAAGUACUAGACCGAUUUCAAAAAUUCCUCCACCUUAGCAUAUGUAAGUGAUAAAUGUA